AUGGCGGCCAGCACGGCGGCGCUGCAGCUCUCCAAGAAGAUCUACUCGUCCAUGUGCUGGACUCCCGGCCGCCUCUCCCUGGAAGAGGACGCCUUCCCUGCCUCCUCGAAAAGGCCGCGCGGAGCGCUGCGGUCGGCGGCGGCCGUCGGCAUCGACAGGCGCGCGCGGCCAGAGGGCGCCUGCGUCGGCUGUUGGCGGCAGUUCGCCCGCGGACGCCGACCAGCGCGCGCCACGGGGGCAGUGCCCGGCUCCGCAGGUGCUCGCCCGCCGUCGCGUCGCCCGCGCCGCCCCCGGCACGUGACCCCCUCCCCGCCCCCCGUGCCUGCCGCGCCGGGUGUGUGCCGUGUCCGCUGCGUGAGUGCCGUUGACGCGAGUGCGUGCUGGGCUGCGUGCCCGGCGCGGAGGGUGCAUUUAUGCGCGUGGGAGCAGGAGACGAUGCCCGACGCCGCCCCGCGCAGCCAUGAAGAAGCCCAAGGAGGCGGCUGCCCCAGGCCGCAGGGUUCGGCAUCGCGCCUCCGCCUCGCUCCGCCUCCGCUCCGCAUCCGCCUCCGCCUCCGCUCCGCGCUCCGCCUCGCCUCGGCGCCUCCGCCCGCCCUAGGUGAGAACGUCUCAUGCCGCGUGCCGGCCCCGCCCGCCCCGCGCCGGCCCCCGCCCGCCCCCGCCCGCCACCGCACCGCCACGGCCACGGCCAACGCACCGCACCGCUUACGGCACCGGCCCCGCGCUGCACGCAUUUACCCGCGCCUCCGCCGCUGUCGCUUCGGUUCUCACCUUUGCCUCCCUGGCGAGGCCGUCACUGUUGCACUCAGUUUCAGCUGCAUCCUCUUUACCUCUUUCACUCGAUCUCCCCGCCACCUCCUUCUCCACCCCGCCCACUCGUCCACGUUAGCCUCCAGCACUGACCCUUCCUCCUCUUUCUCGGCCUCCACCUCCCCCACCCCAAUAGAUAAUAGUAUUGCCAAUUUCAAACCUGAGAAAGUGUUUAAGCAAGCGUGCUGGAAUUUGUAA